UUGUGUCGCUCUCUCCAGAUUGCAAACUAGUUGCGGGUCUCAUCCCCUCUCAAGGCCUUCAAAUAUGCCAUGUAGAAAGCAGCGCUAUCCUACAUGGGCCACAGCUUGGCCCUCACAGCGAGGAAAUGACCUGUCUCUUAUUCUUGCCGGAUGGAAAUCGUCUCCUUGCUGGGUCGUCCGAUGGUACUAUCAGCAUCUGGGAUGCUACGACGGGUGACUCAGGCUCCUCGCCUUUGCUCCAUUGGCCUGCGCCUCUUCACCCCGUGGCGUUAGUUGCCUGGUCCGCGCAGACGGACCAUGCUGUCAUCGUGGGUAAAUCGGGAAAGAUAUGGGUCAUAGACACCAACAAGGGCGAUAUUGUUCUUUCAUCUGAAGAGAAAUCGUCUCUACUCGGUCUUAGUUACGGACCCGUUUACUCGCUGGCAUGGUAUUCUAGCUGGUCCUUCAUAUUAUGUAGUGGAGUCCGCGACAACCACGUGCGAUUAUGGAAUACAGGGACGGGACAGUCUACCACGAACAUAACCUGUCGCGGUGGCUGCCGCAUCGCUCUCUCUCCAGACGAGAGUAAGUUGGCGGUAGGACCAACCAGCUCGUUCGGCGAAGUUUUUGUCUAUGACACCAGAUUAGGUCGCGAGCAGGUGCAUUUGAUGCGACUCUCCGGGCAUGGAGUUCGGGAAAUCGAGUAUAAUCCAGACGGGACUCUUCUGGCCGUUCUGCUGUACAAUGGUACAUUGUACAUCUUCAACCCAGAGACUGGGAUAACUCGUCAGGAUAUCAACGUCUCAGGCAGCUCUGGUGCACGUAUCAACGACAUAUCAUUUUCCUCCGACAACCGACACUUUGCUUAUAUAACAGCCUCGCUAUGCAUAUACGACCUGCAAACCAAGCGGAUGGUCAGGACGCUAGCAGAGGACGAUGCUCUUUGUCCAGCCGUGUUCUGCCCAGAUGGCGUUCGUAUUCUUGGUAACACCACUUCAAGCUUGGCUGUAUGGGACAUCUCUACGGGUGCGGAACUAAUGUCACGGCCAGGUUAUCUCGAACGUGCUGCGUGGUCUCCUGAUGGGCGGAAAAUUCUCAUUGAUCGGCACCAAAAUGGGACGAAGAUUGGGGCAAUGGAGUUGCUGGAUGCUGCUAGUGGAGAUAUUCUUUGGAAAGCAGCUUCGGAAGAGGAAGGUACCACCGCGUUCGCAUUUUCUCCCGACGGAACGCGGUUCGCCACUGCAUCAGAGCACGCAGAAAUCAAGAUGUGGGAUGCAAAGACAUGCAAGGAGCUUCUCGUAUUUGGUUCACAGACCGACAGCGAGGCAUCGGUGGAGUCUUUACAUAGGAAGAACUCUGACAUCGAGCUCGAUGAUUUUCCGGUCACAACGAGGCGUGCCACCGCCCCUGCCAACUUUGACAGGACUAAGGUCACGAUGAUGCCUCCUGGCGCCUCUGCUAGCGCCCGGGACCAGCGGCAGCUGGUUUCUCGAAAUACGGCCUCAAAAUUGGUAGCUUCGCAAGUGGGACUCAUGACGCAACUUGUAUCGCGUCUGAAAUCAUACCUAUCCGCAUCUCAUAAUGAAGAGCCACAGCCCACCGAAGGUGGAGCGAAUACUAACCAACGUGAACACCGAUCCGUUGCGCGUGCUUUUCAGCUUGUCAGUGUGGGCCGUGCAAAGGAUCGCGUCUUUGCUAGAGGCGGAGGAAACAGACGGCGGAAUAGCCGUCAAGAGCCGGAAGACGACGACGAUCGUGAUGAACCAUCUCCAGAUCCAGAGGACGUCGCUCGUACAUCCCACUCAGAGCAGCCGGCCGUCUCGGCGGAAGCAGCAGUCGAUGCUGAUGACAAUAGUAGCCUCUCCAGCAAACAUGGUUGCGUGGAUACAAUUUGUUACUGCCUAUGUAUACCUUGUUGUCACUUGUAAUCUUAAAUCC